AUGAUCUCGAGAUUGCCCACCGGCGGCGGCGGCAGCUCCAGUGGCGGCGGCGACGAUACUCCAUGGGCCAGCGCCCGGAUGAGAAGGCCGAUAUUCCCAGCAACCCGCAUGCCGCCCUACUCGACAGGCUGCGCAGAUCCGUCCUUCUCCGGCACGAGCUGCGCAUUCCCUCCCGCGCAGGAGCAUCAGAAGUCUGUGCGCGGAUCCCGGGCGCUUCAUUCCACGCUCAGACGCGAGACGAGCUAG